GUAACAACCAGUCAAAUUAUUCCACCCGAAUAAUGACAACAUGUCAACUACCAAUAUGCCAUAUCACGAUGAUGUGGACAUCGUCUAAAGAGGAUUCACUAAAUAUUCGUGUUGAAAAAGGUACAAAACCAAAACUUAAAUUAAGUGAGGAUAAAAGAGAUGUGCAGGUUGCUGUACCACUAGACACAUUUGUAAAUUAUCCGCUACAGCGUGUCGAACUUCACGGCGGGUACUAUUUGGUACUACAACGUCUACAGCAACAAUAUAAAAUUACUGUACAGCAUGGACACGAACGGAAACCGGAGUUCGUUGUCUACGCGUCUGCACUAUCACAUGAAAAAGACAUCAAGACGCAAGUAAAAGAAAUGAAUUCAAGAAUUCAUCAGAUUGGAAUCGCUGGCCCAAAUUUGGAUGUGUUUGGAGCGUUACGUGGCGCUCGUCUUACACUUGAGGCUACUGUAGGAACAAUGCAUGUGAAUGCAAAAAUCACAGCGGAUAGGUUGUCAUUACACGGUCAGAGCAUUGUCGUAUCAUCGGAAGCGCUUAUCAGUACGGAUAAAUUCAUGGUUAUUGGACGUAAAUUACAGUUGGACGGUAGAUGUUUUCCGAAAGAAACAUCGGAAAAUCGUCGAAUGUCUGUAAAAUUUGACUGUAGUCUUGUGCAUGUUGGUGUCGACGGCUGUAUUGGAGAGUCGAACGAUAAGGACUCGAUGAAGUCGACCAAGAGAAUCCAACUAGCACAAAUUACUGCUGAGGCUCUAAGCCUUACCGUAACGGGUUCUUUGGCCAACUAUGGUAAAAUCCUGGCCACUGAAAGGAUUGAACUCCUUGUGGGCGAAAAUCUGCUCUCGCUCUCGGAUGGUACAUUGGAUAGCGCAGGAAGAGGAUACGAUGCUCUAAAACGAAUUCGAGGAGUACGAAAACUAACCGAAUGUACGCCAAGUUCGAAUAGCAUGCAUUCAGCCAUCAGUACGCAAAAUGCUGAUGCUGUAGCAAAUUUGAUUGAGAAAGGAGUUGAUGUAAACGAUAAGGUCCAAUCCAAGCGUCUGACCCUGCGUCAAGCUGCUAUCAUGCAGUAUCGGGAGAAGCGCGAACAAUCCACUCUAAACCGCGUCCGGGAAAGAAUCACCUUGAUCAACGCUUUGCUAGCAGUUCAUGAUUGGAGACGUGGUUCAAUUCAGUCAAAGGCGAUCCGUGCUGUUAUCAACAAAAAUUGCGACGAUUGCGCUCAGUUCAACGCGCGGGAACUUCAAAUCAAGGUUGGAGGUUCCGCCAUUGUUGAGACGGAUUCUAUCUGGAGUAGUACGUAUGUAGAAUUGGACGCAUGGGCUGCAGUAACCAUCUGUGGUCAAGUCAAAUUUACGUCGUUAGUUCUAACAGCUGGAAAAGCUGUCACAACGACAGCUGAUGCCAUUGUGGCGCUGGAAAUGUUCGGAAGACUGAAUUGUGGAAGCUUCUCUUGCGAUGGAAUAUGGACCGUAGGCGAGAAUUUUGUGCUGGAAUCGCGUGAAGACGUUCAUUUCGGCAUACAUUCGUAUAUAGAAACCGAAAAAAUGGAAAUGGUGUCUGGAUCCAGUUGCAAUGUCGAUGGAUCAUGGCAAAUUGGAACUUGCUGGGCUUUGAUUGAAGCGAAAUUGACGAUUGGGGCAUCAGCAAAGCUGUUUGUUGAAGAGUCGGCUACUAUAGGGGCAUUGGGACUAAUGUGUCAUGGAUUCUUCAACAUCACUGAAGUCUGUGAUCUACAACUAAAGGACUCGGCACACUUUUUCCACUGCUCAAAGCUAGAAUGUCAUACUCUGAAGCUUGCUUGUGAAUUGCACUGCACGCUAGGUGGAUUAUGGAUUGCUGAUAGCAUGAAUGUCUAUGUACGUCAUGACCUUAUUACGACAUCUACGGGCAAGGCGGCUGUCUUUACCACCGCUAAUCUAACGGUCGGAUCGUUCAGAAAUGAUGCACUUUGGCAGGUAGAAAAAGAUUGUCAUAUCAUCGUUGGAUGCAUGGAACAAUCCGAAGACGGCACAAUCUUUGUCAAGCAGACUUUGGAAAUGCAUAUCCAUCGCGAUUCUGUCGGUUGCUUCAGUGGAAAAAUCGUUUGUAGCCAUCUGGACAUGAGAUGCCUCCGACGUUGUCAAUAUGACGGUUACCUGAAAGCCAAUGAGGUAGAGGUCUACUUACCCUAUAUGGACGAAUCGCAAUGGAUUGUAACUGGCCAAGUCGACAUACUCGUCUCACCCCUGACCCUCAAAGGAAACAGCUCUUUCUACAACAUUGCUCCCACCACUCCCCAUCCAUUCCCAGCAUUUAUACUCGACGGACGAUUGAACGCUCACGCCAUCAUCGCUCCGUUCCUGGCUGUGGAACUCUCCCCAGAAUCGAUAAUAAGGCUGCGAGGAAUUGUUUCUUUCACUCCAGCUGUCGACUUCAACAUUUUAGUCUCUGCUGGAGCUUUAGCCACAGGAAGGAACUGUUCCCUGCUCUCUGUGGGUGAUAGCCCUAGAGCUGAGGGAAUAAUCUGCGCUUCGACAUUCUUCCACCAGGGACAAAUCCGAUUCCAAGCCGAAGAUGUGCAUAUUCUGACGGGAGCCCUAGUCCAUAAAGGAAGAUUGACGAACUGCGAGCAUAAGCAGAACCAUGUGAAGAAUUGUCAUAUAGUCGUGGAAGAAUUGUUCCUUAAUGAGGGGACCCUUGCCUGCAAUGCUCUAAAUAUCACUGGAGAUGGAGUGCUAGAAAACAAGAACAGAAUUUUCGCUGUCGAGUCGAUGGACAUUCGUUUGAAUAAUUUCCAUAACGAUGAUGGGCUGAUGGAAUCGAAGAAUCACAUCAAACUGCUUUCUGCGACAAGGGAAUGGACCAAAUUGGGCGGGUCUAUCAAAGCCAAAAAAGGUUUUGAUUUGUACGCUAACAAACUGGACAUGGCCUUGAAUGAUGUGCAUAAACUGAUGAAUGAAAAGAAGCUAUCGUUUUCGGCUAGAAGUGAUCUGAUCAUCUCAACUGACAUCUGUGAUGAGAUCAAGGAAUUCGCUGUGGGAUGUGCUGCUCAGAAUACGGUUUCUAUCAAUGCUUGCAUGGAUUUGGAUCGACUAGAGGUGCUCCUUGGUGGGGACCACAGUAACCUAGAGCCAGUUAUGUUCAAGGUCACUGAUAAGGCUGAUAUAAAUAUCAAUACCCUGGUUAUCAAUGGAACCGCUACCCAGCUGGUUAUAGUUUUGGAUGGCGUGCUGAAAUGUGGUCGAGUAAAAAUUGCCGAGACCUUUAAACAUGUUACCAUCUCUGGACAAGGAAGUCUCGACAGCCGAAUCAUAGCCGCUGAGGGGUCGAACCUAAGCUUUGGCGUUUAUCAAAUCUUCCGGACCAACGAAAUCUUCUGCCAAAACGUCCAUGUCGAAAAGGACUCUCUUUUACGGCUAAAACCCUGCGAGGACAGUGAUGCUACGGCCAUUUCUUGUGAGAAAAUCCUUAUCGAGGGUACGGUAUUCGUCGAGAAUAAGCUGCUCCUCGUCUCGAAAAAGACCGACACUUGUGAUCUACAGAUUCGUGGCCCAAUUAUCGGUACAGCCCCAGAAAGUGAAGUAAGCAUCGAGAGCACAAGAGUUUCCAUCUUUGGCCAGGUGGCAAAUCUGAAAUUCUUGGAAAUUUACGCCCGGGACACGAUGCACUUCUCCAUGGCUAAGGUUAAGAACAUCAAGACUGUAUCUAUUGACUGUGGAGAACUCGUCUUGAAUGCUGAUGUGGACAGCUGCUCUGAAUUCUUGGCCAAAGCUGAUGCGGCAAAUCUGUCUGGGACCUGCUCGAACAGUGGAACAAGUGGUGUGCUGUCACUUUGCUGCAAUUCUUUGCAGUCCAGCAUGGAUGUGAAGAACAUGGCUAAACUUCAACUUGUCUGCAAGAGGGCAGCCGUCAUUCGAGGAGCCAUUCAGACUGUGAAAGAUGUUGAAAUCGACGCGAAAUGGAUCAACAACUACGCACAUUUGCAGAAUUGUGUUGACGUCAAGUUGGUGGCUUGGUCAAUAAAUUGUGCUGGCUCUUCUGCUGCCACCCGAAUGCAGAUCACAGCUCUGGCUAUCACCCUGGUUAAUGGAGCCCUGAAUGCUGAUGUGCUAAAUAUCACAGCUCCAUUUGUUAUCGCAGUCCAGCACUCGUCUUCCAUCACCGCUAGAAAACUCGAAAUCAACUCACUCUGCCUCUGUACAAAGCAAAACCUGGACUUAAAUGGAACUAACUACCUUUGGCUCACUUUUGAAGAACUCGUGUACAAACCGAAACUUACCCCUACCCAGUCAACCAACUGGAAAGAUACCGCCGCUAUGAUGAAAGAUCGAUUCAGCAGCCCGACCAUCGAUGUGGAUGAAGUGAUUGUGGGACUAAAGUACCUCAGUGAACUUAAUGUCACUAAGGUCGAGCUGGACCUGGAUAAUGUGAUCUACGAAGAGCUUUGUAAGAUGGCCCAGAGGUUCGACAGCAGCCCGAUCAGCCUGUUCAACACUUCCGAUUUGGUGGCGCUUAUUCACAGUGGCCGUAACGCUUUUGCUGUGUCAACGGUGGAGAAGAGCGAGGAGAAUGGAAAGAAAAAGAAGAUAAAAGGUUACGGAAGCUCCCUUUACGAGGGUUUGGUCCAGUUCAAAGCAGCCAAAUACAUGAAAGAGUCACGAGGGUCUUCUGACACUGAUGUUGGUUACGUCAGUAGGUCUUCCAGCGAAGAACUCGAUCGAUCUAGGUCGCCUCGAUCUCCAGAAGUGCACAACUGUAGCUUGUUUGCGGAUACACAUUUUAGCGAAAUAGUAGAAAAACUGGAGAAUCCAACAAUUAGCGAUGUGACCAUCGAAGAGCUGAAUGCUUCAUUGUUGGAACAAGAGGAGCUGGCCGAGUUUGAGCUUUUGGAACAGGAGAUCGAGGACAGCGAGGACGGUCUUGUCAGGACCGACUACAUAGUUUGUCAUGAUGAGCGAAUUCAGUUGGCGAGGUUGCGACAGCAAGUUUUCACCUCGCAACAACCUCGACCACGUCCGCAAUUUCCAAUUGCAAGGAUUCCAUCAUCAAAUGAUUUGGUUAUGAAGCGAAUGCAGGUAAAAGCGACUCUAUCAAAUCUCGAUUUGCGAUCCUUUGGAAGUGAAACAUCGUUGAUAUCUCUGGAUUUCUCGGCUCCAGGUGAUAUCGGAUCGCCAAUGCAUUUUGCUGCAAAUCCUUUUCAGAGGUCACGUAUCCCCCGAGGAUCAUUUCGAACUCCACAAAAGGCUUUGCCAAUAUAAGCUUUGUACAGCAUGUACAUUCCCACAGUAGGAAAGUAGGAAAGGACCGAAGCUGUCUACAACCAGCUUUCUACACAUAGAAGCUUGUUUUGUGCAGCUAAAAAAGGAUAAUUGUUAGUCGAGUAAUCUUGUGGGGGAUAUCUUGGCUUGUGGAAAAUGUCCAGUCAGUCGGGUGUGUUUGGUGCCGAAGAUUCCAGAAAAAUGUUGUCGUCGUACUAACACUUUUUCAGGAACUCUCAGUUUGAUGAUCUUAGCAUUUUGUUUAUUGAUUGUUAUUGAGCAAUCUGUACUGUAUACUUAUAAAAAUCACUUCUCAUUUUUUAAAUCAAGAUCUGAUGUGCUUCUAGCGCCAGCAUGUGGACUAAUGCUUGAAGCUCACAUAUACACAUAUAUACACACAUACACACCACAUACCUAUGUCACUCGCUUACUUACACACACAUGCAAACUCGUCCAUGACACAAUUUUUACUCGCACUAAUCUCGUACUCUAUCGAUUGCAAUCAUAUCGACGCUGUACCGAUGUGUGUUCGAGUCAGAGCAGUUGUCAGUUUUCAGCUACAGCGAUACAUAAUCAGUCACACUUAUCCGUAUCCGGUAAUAGUCCGGGCAGCGAAUCCAUUUUGCUCAUUCGACAAAUGACGUGAACAACAAUUAACAACAUGUGGCAGUUGUCCAAAGUUUCCUUGUGCAUGAAUGCAUACACACACAUACGCACACAUGCACACUAUUGUUGCCUUUUUCGCAUGGUUUUGUACAUACCGUUUAGUUGAUUGGUUGUUAUUGUUGUGCUACGGGUUGUAAUAAUAAAUAUUUCACAAU